UGGUGCGCGAAAGAGAAUUGAUCUUCCUGUCAAUUUUCAGCCCUGUUGCUCGCAAUUGCAUAGGAAAUGCAGUGUUUUUAUUAAAAAAUAAACUUUUGAACGGUAUAGCGAAAUGUUUGUGAGUAAAAAUGGAAGGAGAUAAUACGAUGCCAAUAAUUGUGGGAGAAAAAAAGUUGGAGCGCAUAAGAGCUGCUGCUACGGAUUGCGUAAAAGUAGUAGUCGCAGUAAAGCAAUUUUUAUUUUAUUUCUAUCCCUAAACCAUGCCUACAAUUUCGAAAGGCAGAAAUUAAUAAUGCGAGUAUCAAAUUCCACUUAAAACGCCUGAAGCGUGCAGAAAAUGCAAUAAAUGGGUGAAGUUGUGUGAACGUAAAGAUUCCAAGUUUAAAUCAAUCAGGAACGUCACAAAAGAUGAAUCUAUUUGUUCUUUACACUUCUUCGGAGAAUCUGGACCUACAGAAGAGCACCCAAACCCGAUAGAAUGUCGGCCGAAAACUAUAAAAGAGGUUUAUCUAAUUAAGAAGCAGAAAUGACAGACGCAGCGAUGGACGCUGGUAAAAUUGUGAAGAUGGAGGUGGACUGCAGUAGCAAUUGUGACACAAAAAUUCCAGAGUGCAAAAAAUUGGCUCGCGAAGGAAAGUUGCACGAUGCCCUAGAUCAAUUGCUAGCACUGGAAAAACUUACCAGAACAGGUGCAGAUAUGGUUUCCACGUCUAGGGUACUCGUCGCAAUUGUUGAAAUUUGUCUGGAAGCCAAGAACUGGGCAGCACUCAAUGAGCACAUAGUACUUUUAUCCAAAAGACGUUCUCAGUUAAAGCAGGCUGUAACGAAAAUGGUACAAGAAUGUUGCACUUACGUCGACAAAACGCCAGAUAGAGAAACCAUGAUUAAACUAAUAGAAACAUUGCGUUCAGUAACUGAGGGAAAGAUUUACGUGGAAGUUGAAAGAGCAAGACUCACUCACCGCUUAGCUAAACUUAAAGAAGAGGAUGGAGAUGCUGCGGCAGCAGCGUCUGCUAUGCUAGAGUUACAAGUAGAGACUUAUGGAAGUAUGUCACGAAGGGAAAAAGCGUCGCUUAUUCUUGAACAGAUGCGUCUUUGCUUGAUAAAGAAAGAUUUCAUCCGCACGCAAAUUAUCGCUAAGAAGAUCAACAUCAAAUUUUUCGAUGAUGAAAACGACGAGGAAACACAAUCUUUGAAACUGAAAUACUACGAUUUAAUGAUGGAAUUGGCCCGUCACGAGGGAUGGCAUCUAGAACUUUGCCGGCAUAAUCGCGCCGUACUGGAAACGCCAACCGUUAAAGAUGAUCCUGAAAAAAGACAUAUGGCUCUUUCUCGAGCAGUUUUGUAUUUGGUGCUGGCACCACAUGAGCCAGAGCAAGCAGAUCUCACUCAUAGAUUACUGGCUGACAAACUGUUAGAUGAAAUACCCAUUUACAAAGAACUGCUUCGAUUAUUCGUCAAUCCAGAACUCAUCAAAUGGUCAGGAUUGUGUGAAAUUUAUGAGCGGGAUUUGCGAUUGACAGAAGUUUUUACCGCUUCUACGGAAGAAGGCCGAAAACGGUGGGCUGAUCUCAGAAAUCGUGUUGUGGAACAUAAUAUUAGAAUAAUGGCCAAAUAUUACACGAAAAUAACUUUGACUCGCAUGGCCGAGCUUCUGGACCUCCCAGUUGAAGAAACAGAAGCGUGUUUGUGCAAUUUGGUUGAAACUGGUGUGAUAAGCGCUCGUACAGAUCGUCCAGCAGGUGUCGUGAAAUUCACUGGAAGCCAAGAACCUGCAGCUAUUUUAGAUGCAUGGGCAGCGUCCUUGUCUAAGCUAAUGGGUCUUGUCAAUCAUACGACUCACCUUAUUCAUCAGGAAGAAAUGCUGGCCGUCGCUCAGUCUUAAUAUUCACUACUCGUACAAGAAAUAUUUGCUUCAAUGAUCUUGUACACUCUUUUUUUAUUACUGCUUUCCUAGAUUUAAGAUGUAUUUUACAUGUAUUACGAUAUUUAAUAAAUAAAGAAUACAAA